AUGAUAAGUAUACCUUCCAACACAAUAAGCAUCUCACACUUUCCAACACAAUACCCACCUCAUAUCUUCCAUCAAUAUAACCACACCAUACCCCCUCAAACCUCCCAACACAAAACCCACACCAUACAUCACACACCCUCCAACACAAUACCCACACCAUACCCACUUCACACCCCUUCCAACACAAUACCUACACCAUACACCACACACCCUCCAGCACUACACCCACACCAUAGCCCCCUCACACCUCCCAACACAAUACCCACACCAUACACCACAUACCCUCCCACACAAUACCCACACUAUACCCACUUCACACCCCCUCCAACACAAUACCCACACCAUACACCACAUACCCACCAACACAAUACCCACACCAUACCCCCCUCACACCUCCCAACACAAUACCCACACCAUACACCACACACCCUCCAGCACUACACCCACACCAUACCCACCUCACCCCCUCCAACAUUAUCCCUCCGCGUCACCAUAUCCAAAUCCCCUGCGCUUACCUCCGCCAUUUCCCUAAAUCCAAGAACGAACCUGUGCUGCAUUUCCCCUCUCUUGGCUUCCUAUUAA